CUUCCAAUCAGCGCACCUGUGGACACCCGGACAGCUCGUGCUGGAGCAGCAGGAUCAUGACAAAAACUCAACAAAUUUGGUCUUUAUAUCAUACAUCCAUCACUAAUAAGAAAAAUGUUGUUGCUGUCAGCCAAUUUGAAAAAUGGGCUUCAUGUGGAAAGUUCAUGGUGCCUUCAUAUCCAAUUGUUUUGGCCCCUCAAGAUGGCAGCCCUGCGUUGCCAUGGAUACUGCUGCCUUCAAAACACCACCGAAGAAGAGAAAGGCGGAAGCUGGUGAAGCUUCUCGACGACACAGAGACAUUGAGAAGACUAUCAGCAGAAUAAUGUCGUUGUACGAGGAGAACGAACGACAUACAAAUCAUCUGGAAGCGGAUGGCGAGGAUCGCGUUGUGUUGAACACUCAAGACAUCCAGCAACUGAUUGUUCAUCAGAAAGAAUUUGCCCCUCAGUCCCCUGGAGGGAGCUCCAGUUUUGAGCACGAAGAUCCGCAGUCCCCCCACAUUAGCGAGGAAGAGAACCAUUCACAACCUCUCCACGUGAAAGAGGAAGAGGAGGAGUUUGAUGACAGCAAGUUGGCACCGACCAGUGUUUCUGUAAAGAGUGAAGACAAAGCACUCGAGCAGUCACAGUGUGAUCAGCACAGUCUGAGUGGAGACCAGUGUGAGCUCCUCCCUCCUGUGUCAGACAGUGAUGACACUGAAGAAUGUUUAAGGGGGGACAAAGACUACAAAGGUGACAACAAACAGCUGCAAACCUCCCAAAAUGAAAAAAGCCUUGGGAAAAAGCAAACAUCGCAAACACGUAAAAAAUGUUUUACCUGCUCAGCUUGUGGUAAAUGUUUUGCUCAAAAAGCCUAUAUUCGACACACGAAAACACACAGAGAUGACAAAGCCUUUUGUUGCUCAUUUUGUGCUAAAACAUUCUCUCAAAAGUCGUCUGUUGUAAAACACACGAGAACACACGCAGGACAAAAAUCCUUUACAUGCUCAGUCUGCGGUAAAAGUUUCACUCGGAAAAAGAACAUGUCCCUCCACAUGAAGACCCACACGGGAGAAAAACCCUUUUCUUGCGCAAGUUGUGAUGAACGAUUCACUCUCAAGUCCAAUUUGGUAAAACACAUGCGAACGCACACAGGAGAAAAACCCUUUGCGUGCUCAAUUUGUGGGAAAACAUUCUCCAGAAAGUCAAACAUGGGCUACCACAUGAGAACACACACAGGAGAAAAACCAUUUUGUUGCUCCAUUUGCGGUGUAAGAUUCACUGCUAAGCGGACCAUGACAGAACACAUGAAAACACAUACCGGAGAAAAACCCUUUUGUUGUUCAGUUUGUGGGAAAACAUUCUCUCAGAAACGGCAUCUGGUAAGACACACGGUAACGCACACAGGAGAAAAACGCUUUAGUUGCUCAACGUGUGGUAAAAGCUUCUCUCGAAAAGACAUAAUGGAAACACACGUGAAAAAACACACGGGGGAAGCUCCUUUCAAUUGCUCAACUUGUGAUAAAAUAUUCUUUAGAAAGGACAAAAUGGAAACACACAUGAGAAAACAUGAAGAAAAACCCUUCAGUUGCUCCGUCUGUGGUCAGAAAUUCAAUACGAAACAAAAUCUGGUGUCACACAUGACAAGACACACAGGAGAAAAACUCUUUUGUUGCUCCACUUGUGGGAAAACCUACUGUAGAAAAGAUUAUUUGGAAACACACAUGCGAACACACACAGGAGAAAAACCAUUUUGUUGCUCAACUUGUGGUAAAAGGUUCACUCAAAAGUCAGUUCUGGUUCGACACACGAAAACCCACACAGGAGAAAAGCCCUUUAGUUGCUUAUUGUGUCCGAAAACAUUUUCUCACAAAGCACACAUGGUAUCGCACAUGAGAACGCACACCGGAGGAAAACCUUUUUUUUGCUCAAUUUGUGGUAAAGGCUUCACUCAAAAGUCAGUUCUGGUUCGACAUGUGAAAAUACACACGGGAGAAAAACCCUUUAGUUGCUCAAGUUGUGAUAAAACUUAUUCAAGAAAAGACUAUUUGGAAGCACACAUGAGAACACACACAAGAAAAUUAAUCCCCCGCAAUACUUUAGCAUCUGAAGCAGACAACAUAUUGUUUUUGUAGCAUUUUAUUUCUACGGUCUGUUUGGCUAUGUAAUAAACAUGUUGUCAUCUUCGGCCUG